AUGCGUGAAAUCCUCCACAUUCAAGGCGGCCAAUGUGGCAACCAGAUCGGAGCCAAGUUCUGGGAGGUUGUCUGUGCCGAGCACGGCAUCGACCCCACCGGAACCUACAACGGCGAUUCCGAUCUUCAGCUCGAGAGGAUCAACGUCUACUAUAAUGAAGCCAGUUGUGGAAGGUUCGUGCCCCGGGCUGUGCUCAUGGACCUCGAACCCGGAACCAUGGACAGCGUCAGAAGCGGACCUUACGGUCAGAUUUUCAGACCUGACAACUUCGUUUUCGGUCAAUCCGGGGCCGGAAACAACUGGGCUAAGGGCCAUUACACCGAGGGUGCCGAACUCAUCGACUCCGUUCUCGACGUUGUGAGAAAGGAAGCAGAGAACUGCGAUUGCUUGCAGGGUUUUCAAGUGUGUCAUUCUCUGGGUGGAGGAACAGGGUCGGGAAUGGGUACCCUGUUGAUUUCAAAGGUGAGAGAGGAAUACCCAGAUAGAAUGAUGCUUACUUUCUCUGUCUUUCCUUCCCCGAAAGUCUCCGACACCGUCGUGGAGCCAUACAACGCGACUUUGUCUGUUCACCAGCUCGUUGAGAACGCCGACGAAUGCAUGGUGCUGGACAACGAAGCUCUUUAUGACAUUUGCUUCCGCACCCUCAAGCUCACCACGCCAAGCUUUGGUGAUCUGAACCAUUUGAUAUCGGCCACCAUGUCUGGAGUGACAUGCUGCUUGAGGUUCCCCGGUCAGCUAAACUCCGAUCUUAGAAAGCUGGCUGUGAAUCUCAUCCCCUUCCCUCGGCUUCACUUUUUCAUGGUGGGAUUCGCUCCUCUGACCUCUCGUAAUUCUCAGCAGUACAAAGCUUUAAGCGUACCAGAGCUCACACAGCAGAUGUGGGAUGCGAAGAACAUGAUGUGUGCGGCUGAUCCAAGACAUGGACGAUACCUCACAGCUUCAGCAGUGUUCAGGGGGAAGAUGAGCACGAAGGAGGUUGAUGAACAGAUGAUCAAUGUGCAGAACAAGAACUCUUCAUAUUUCGUGGAAUGGAUUCCGAACAAUGUGAAAUCAACUGUGUGUGAUAUUCCUCCGACGGGAUUGAAAAUGGCCUCCACGUUCAUCGGAAACUCCACAUCGAUUCAAGAGAUGUUCCGUCGGGUGAGCGAGCAGUUCACGGCCAUGUUCAGGAGGAAGGCUUUCUUGCAUUGGUACACAGGGGAAGGUAUGGACGAGAUGGAGUUCACGGAAGCCGAAAGCAACAUGAACGAUCUGGUUUCAGAGUAUCAACAGUACCAAGAUGCUACUGCUGAAGAAGAUGAUUAUGGAGACGAAGAAGAACACAAUGACAUGUGAAUAUGACAAGGAUGGAUUACUCAUUCAUUCGUAUGAGCUCUAAGCGCAGGAAUUGAAUUUAUUUCAUCAAAAUUUGAAUUCUUUUGAUUAAUAUAUAUUUCAAAUGUUGAUG